CACUCUUUCAAAUCAAGCUGUCUCGACGACAUUGCUACUAUACACACUCUCUUCUAAACCGCUAUACGCAUACUAGCCCGGUGCUUCUUGCCCACUGCUCUCUUUCAGCAACAAAUCAAGUCCGAAUUCAAGUCAAGUCUACGACUCAUUCCCAACAACCUUCAAAAUGCAGUUCUCCACCCUCCUCAUUGCUGCCGGCGCUGCCGUUGUCGCCGCUGAGAGCACCUCGACCCUGACUGCCACGACCACCAUGACCUACACCAUCACUCAGUGCCCCGAGACCGUCACAAACUGCCCUUACCGCACUCCCACCGUCCCUGUGACCACCUCUGAGGCCGCUGUCACCACCACCGCUGAGAGCACUACCGUUGAGGUCACCACCUCUGCUGUCGAGACUUCCUCUGCUCUCCCCAGCUCUCACUACCCCGUCUGGACCGUCUCCAACUCCACCUCUGCCACUGCUGUUGGCACCAACCCCGUCGGCACCACUGUUCCCACCACCAUUGUCACUGUUCCCUCUGGCACUGGUGCUGUCCCUACUGGCCCUGCCGGUAGCGGUCCUUCUGGUACCGGAAGCGCUCCCCCUACCGUGCCCACCAGCGGUGCUGCCAAGGAUAUGGCUCAGUCUGGCGUCAUUGCUGUCGCCCUGGCUGCCGUCUUUGCUCUCGUCUUCUAGACGCCCAACCUUUUCUAUCUGGUGCCAAAAGCUCCGGAUAUUUUUCACAACCUUCUAUUCUUCCAUUCUUUACUCUUACAUAUUCUUCUACGGGGAAGGACGCUUGGUGGUUUUUUAACUGGUGGAUUACUAUGUGGAUAGAUGACAUAUGAGUUGGGUCGAUACCCGGUGUUUUUGAGGACUUCACUUCUACGCCCUGGAUGGGCGGGCUGAUGUUUGACGACAGCAAUGUCGAUGCAUCAGAUGGGCGUAUGGAUGCAGCAUGGGCUUUUUGGUGCCCUGGCUGCGGCGAACGCUUUUUUUUCUGGAUAUGCCACGAUUGGGCUCUCUUUGGGAUGAGACAUGAAUCAAAAAGCUUUUAGAUACCUUUGCAUUUCAAUCAACAAGGCUGGCUUGUCAUGAUUACCUCUGUG